AUGUUCAAGAGCGGUGUUGCCCGGACCUUCGCCAGGUCUGCUGUUUUGGCGCGGCCUGCCACCUCCCUCCCAACCUCCAGACUCGCACAGCCCUUCAAGAACACGGCCCUGCGCGCUCUGGCCGCGAGAUAUGCCUCUACUAACACCGCUCAGUCUGGCAAGAUCCAUCAGGUCAUUGGUGCCGUUGUCGACGUAAAAUUUGAUGGUGACCAACUUCCCUCCAUUCUCAAUGCCUUGGAGACUACCAAUGGUGGUCAGAAACUCGUUCUUGAGGUUGCGCAACAUUUGGGAGAGAAUGUUGUCCGAACAAUUGCUAUGGACGGUACCGAGGGUCUCGUCCGUGGUGCCCCUGUUACCGACACUGGUGCCCCCAUUAUGAUUCCCGUCGGCCCGGGCACCCUUGGCCGUAUCAUGAACGUCACUGGUGACCCCAUUGAUGAGCGAGGGCCCAUCAAGCACACAAUGAAGGCCCCAAUCCACGCUGAAGCCCCAGAGUACGUCGAACAGGCCACCUCCGCUGAGGUCCUUGUCACUGGUAUCAAGGUCGUCGACCUCCUCGCUCCUUACGCUCGUGGUGGAAAGAUUGGUCUCUUCGGAGGUGCCGGUGUCGGAAAAACUGUCUUCAUUCAAGAAUUGAUCAACAACAUUGCCAAAGCCCACGGUGGUUACUCCGUGUUCACCGGUGUCGGCGAGCGGACCCGUGAAGGAAAUGACUUGUACCACGAAAUGCAGGAAACCCGUGUUAUCCAGCUCGAUGGCGAGUCCAAGGUCGCCCUCGUUUUCGGUCAGAUGAACGAGCCUCCCGGAGCCCGUGCCCGUGUUGCCCUCACUGGUCUGACUGUUGCCGAAUACUUCCGUGACGAGGAAGGCCAAGACGUGCUUCUCUUCAUCGACAACAUUUUCCGCUUCACUCAGGCCGGUUCCGAAGUGUCUGCCCUGCUUGGCCGUAUCCCCUCCGCCGUCGGUUACCAACCCACCCUCGCCGUGGACAUGGGUGGUAUGCAGGAACGUAUCACCACUACCACCAAGGGCUCCAUCACCUCUGUGCAAGCCGUUUACGUGCCCGCAGACGACUUGACUGACCCCGCGCCUGCCACCACCUUCGCCCAUCUUGACGCCACCACCGUCUUGUCCCGUGGCAUUUCCGAACUGGGUAUCUACCCUGCCGUCGACCCUCUUGACUCCAAGUCCCGCAUGUUGGACCCGCGUAUCGUUGGUGAGGAGCACUACAACGUUGCCACGCGCGUACAACAGAUGUUACAGGAGUACAAGUCGCUGCAGGAUAUCAUUGCCAUUCUUGGUAUGGACGAGUUGUCCGAAGCUGACAAGCUGACUGUCGAGCGUGCGCGAAAGCUGCAGAGGUUCCUCUCGCAGCCGUUCACUGUCGCUCAGGUGUUCACGGGUAUUGAGGGCAAGCUUGUCGAUCUGAAGGAUACUAUUCGUUCGUUCAAGGCUAUCAUCAAUGGAGAGGGUGAUGACCUUCCUGAGGCUGCCUUCUAUAUGGUUGGUGACUUCGAGUCCGCGCGAGCGAAGGGAGAGAAGAUCCUGGCUGAGCUUCAGAUGUCAUAG